AUGUCCCAGCUCGGCGAAAGCAUCACACUCGAGCAACUGGCCGGACACAAUACUCUGGGGUCUCUGUGGAUAGCGGUUCAUGGUCAUGUGUACGAUCUCACGACCUUCAGCUCGGACCAUCCAGGUGGUAUCGAGGCACUCGAGAGCUGUGCCGGGACCGAUGGCACAGAGUCGUACGAAUAUGCCGGCCACAGCGAAUUGAAUAUGGCAAAAAUGCAGCAAUACCGCGUCGGCACGGUUACCGGAUGCCUUGGACAAGCUUCUCCCAUUUCUUAUCACCCCCUUCCCGUGGAGAGUAAGCGCGCAACAUCCCGUCUCAAGCAGUUGAGAUUCCCUCGCUGGACAAAGCGAGCGGUUACUAUAUCCGCGACCGCUCUCGUUGUGGGUUUGUCUUAUCAGCGAAGGGACGCUUUUGUUGAUUACAUUUCGCCGACCCUGAAUAUCUCCCAACUCCAAUUCAGAACCAUUUCGGACCAGGGCAUCGGACAUCCAUUUUGGGCGGGUAUAGCAAUCGCUUCGUCGGUAAGCUGUGUGGGUUUCAGGUAUCUCUAUAAGCUGUUCUUGUCAACUCUCGACUAUCAAAACGAAGUAUUCAGCUUUCCACCUACGAUACCGAGGAAGACGAAAAGAUAG